ACGUGUAAUGAGAAGUUAGAGGUGUGUGUGUGUGUGUGCGCUGCAGAAGUCGAUCGGAUGAUAGUUUAGCUGUGUGUGUGUGUGUGUGUGUGUGUGUUUAGAUCGGAUCAUCUGCACUGAGACUCGGUUUCAGAUCAAACUUUCUACAGAAACUUUGUCGGUAGUCGGCAGUGAGGCGGUUGAUGAUGCACAUCGCGGCGGAGUUCUGCGUGGUUUGCGUGAAGGUGCUCUGGUCGUUCGCGGCGGCGGCGGCGCGGUGGCUCGUGAAGCCGCGGGAGAAGCGCGUGCAGGGCCGCGUGUGCGUGAUCACCGGGGCCGGAAGUGGACUGGGCCGCCUGUUCGCGCUGCACUUCGCCCGCAGAGGAGCCACGCUCGCGCUCUGGGACAUCAACCGCACCGCCAACGAGGAGACCGCGGAGCUCGUGCGCGAAAUCUACCGACAAAACACCACCGACACGAGCAACACCUGUACAGGUUCAGACGACAGCGUUGAGGAGUUGCCCGCGUUCCAGCCGCGGGUUUACACGUACGUGUGUGACGUGAGUAAGCGUGAGAGUGUGUACGCCACGGCCGAGCAGGUGAGGAGAGAGGUAGGAGACGUCACGUUCCUCGUCAACAACGCCGGCGUGGUUUCAGGACGUCACCUCCUCGAGUGUCCCGACGAACUGAUCGAGAGGACCAUGAUGGUCAACUGCCACGCCCACUUCUGGACCACGAAAGCUUUUCUCCCGAAGAUGCUGGAGUUAAACGAGGGCCACAUCGUGACUGUGGCCAGCUCUCUGGGUCUCUUCACCACGGCCGGGGUCGAGGAUUACUGCGCGAGCAAAUUCGGCGCCAUCGGCUUCCACGAGUCGCUGAGCCACGAGUUAAAGGCGGCGAACAAAGACGGGAUCAAGAUGACGCUGGUGUGUCCGUUCCUGGUCGAUACGGGGAUGUUUAAAGGCUGCGAAAUCAGGAAGGAGAUCGCGCCGUUUUUCCCGCCGCUGAACCCCGAGCACUGCGUGGAGCGAGCCAUGAGAGCCAUUCUGACGGAUCAGCCGAUGGUCUGCACGCCGCGCGCCAUGUACGCCGUCACCUUCAUGAAAACGAUUUUGCCGUUCGACGCCAUCGUGUGCAUGUACCGCUUCCUCGGCGCUGAUAAAUGCAUGUACUCCUUCCUGGCUCAUCGGAAAGAAUCCACCAACAACAACGAGUCGAAGAUCAGCAUGUAGUCGCUCGGAUCUUCUGUGAUAUCGCCUUACAUCUCUAACGCUCUGGUUCAUUUGGAGCAAAAAAUAAGAACUGUAAUUACAAUGCUUAGAAAACUAUGGAUUUUGUUAAGCUGCCUACACAUUUCCGUUUUUAAACCUGAUAAUUUAAUCUUCUACAGAUUAGAUAUGUGCCGAUAUGAUAUAUUUUUGCCUCGAUAAUUGCCUACAUUUUUUUUAAGAAAGAAAAUCUCACAGGAAAAAUCUGACUUAUUGUUCAAGCUGUAACAAGCAGGUGUUAUCGCAUCAUAAAAUAUAAGAACCAAUCAGAUUUCAGUAUGCAAAUGCAGUAAGUACUGGUUUAGCAGGGGAAAGGGGCGGGGUGUGUGUACGAGUGGGUUUUGGAUUUGCAUAACUUUUUUGUUUUUGUGUUUUUUUUCAUUAUAUUGCAUUUUAAAUAAUGACCUUAUGUUCUCAUUUUGACACCUGCUUCUGAUGUUUCCACUAAACAUGUCCUCUAGACGACGUCUGGCCUUCGCUGCGCUCUGAACCGGACAGAAAUAUCGGCACAUGUCUUUAUAAAGUCCUCUGAUCAGCUUGAUUAUGAAAUAAUGCAGUAUGUUACUGUAAUAGUGUACACUAUCUUUAUUUAUAUAUAAUUAUUUGUAAUUUCUGUCUUGUUCGAUUCCACACUGUGACCAAACGUUUAUUUGUUACUUUAGACAUUGUUCUUUUUCUGAAAACUUUAAAAAUGUAUUGUAUUGUUUUCAAAGGUGCAAUAUGUAUCAUUCCUACAAUAAAUAUUUUAUCCUAAAAAAUAAA